AAUAAACAAUUUAGAGAUUUUAAAUAAGUGUAAGUUCCAGUGCAAGUGUAUUUAAAUAAUCUACUUUUUAAUUUAAAAUUGCAUUUUAAAAUUACAAUUUCCUGUUAUACAAUAACAACAUAACCUAUAAUGUUUAACACAUAAACUUUUAUGUAAUUUUUAAUGAUUAAAAAAUUAUUGCAAAUGACAUAACUAAUACAAGUAAUCACUUUAAACAUUAAAUAUUAUUUUUAUUAAGAUAUUCUAUAAAACAAAAUAUUUAUUUAUUAAAUAACUUCAGAUCAUUUGUGCUUAAAAAUUUUGACAGCAACUUCAACCAUGGAGUUCAGUUGGAGCUUCUUCAUGUAUGGAACAAAUUUCUGGUGAUUCUAAAUUUAAAAAAAUUGGCGAAUAUUAUAAAACACCACGACCUCAUUCAUGGAGACCAACAUUGGGUUAUGAGAACAUUGAAUUAAAUCCUCUUUCAUCCAAGACAAUGACAAAUUUUCUUGUUGAUUCUUGUUAUUCUUCAAAAGGCAUAUUAAUGGAACCAUUGAAAUUUCCAAAUUUAAUUACUGGAUUUGAUCGAAAUCCUUCUCACGCUUCUAAAACUGCUUUAUACACAAGAUACACACCAUAUGAAUGGGUUGAAAAUCAAAUUAAAUUAUAUAACGAGGCCGAUUCAAAUAGACAAUAUUCUUCGAAAUUAAGAAAAGACACUGAACAAUUAAUGCGCGAAGCGAAUGAAAAAGUACAAGAAAAUCAAAAAGAAUCUGGACGAAAACUUGGUGAACGAAUUAUAGAUAUUGGAUUUUGGAGGAAUGAAGUUAAUUUUGAAUUGGAACGUCUUAUAAAUGAAAAUCAAAAAAUGCAAGAAUGUUUUCAAAUUUUAGAAGAAGUUAUUAAAAAUAUCGAUCAACCUUUAUACAUUGCCCAAGAAUGUUUAUAUCAAAGAGAAUAUAGAAUAGGAUCGGAAUUAGUUCACGAUGAGACAGAACAAUCUUUGCUAAAUGAGAUUCAAACAAUUCGUAAUUGUCUAAAGAAACUCCAAGAAUAUAUUGAGAAAUGCAAAAAUCAACUAAAAAAUGGAAGAGCUGCUCAAAAUGAACUUGAAAUUGACAUAAAAAAUAAGGAAAUGUCUUUGGGAAUAGAUACAAUGUGUCAUAAAUUAAAUAAUUUCAGUAAUGAUCUUCAAUAUUUCGGAGGCAUUGAGAAAUAUAAUAAUAAUAUUAUGAAUGCUGAGACCUGGUCGGAAUAUUCUGAAAAUAUAGUGAAAAAAUCCCAUAUUGAAAGAUCAAAAUCCAAUCAAUUACGAAAUGAUAUUGAAGGAUCAAUAAAUUCAGUUCUACAAGAAAUUUGGAAUUCCUGGAAAAAUUCUAAUAAUUCGUUUGCCACAAGAAUAACAGAAUUAAUAGACGCAAAAUGCAAAACACAAGUUCACUUGAGUCGAGUUCAACAAGAAAUUUUCAACAUCGAGAAAAACAUUGAUUUAAUGAAAAAGGCAAUUAUCGACAAAAGUUUGUCAUUAAAAGUCGCUCACACAAGAUUAGAAGCAAGAACACAUCGACCAAAUUCUGAAUUAUGUGAAGAUUAUGCCUAUUCACGAAUAGUUGAUGAAAUCGAGACAAUUAAUACACUGGUAAAUGAAAUACAUUUCAAAUUACAAAAAAAUGAAGCUCAACAUCAACAAUUAUUGAAAAUCAGAAAUAAUUUAAAAGAAGAUCUAAAAAUUAAAAUUGAUGCUCUCUUUAUUGAUCGAGAAAAAUGUAUGGGCUUAAGAAGAAGUUAUCCAAUAACCAAAAACAUUUCAUACUAGAAAUUAUAUAUUUUAACGAUUUUCAUUUCUGAAUUUAUAUAUAAUAUAAUAUAAUUAAUUUUUCUAUUGACUUUCGAUACGAAAUUUAAUAUUGUAAAUUGUUUUUUUUAUUGACACACUAUUGAUCAUGAAAAAUAUAAUUUUUAUUAUAAUAAGAUGAAUUUUCAACAAAAAUUCCCCGUUUAUAACAAAAGAAAAAAAAAAAAAAAAAAAGAAAAUGAUUUAUUCGUAUUCUUGCACUCAUUUUCAGUCAUAAAAUAAAGACACAUUUGUAACAAAAUUUUUAUAUAACUAGAGAGAGAAAGAGAGAGAAAAAAAAAAGAAAAGUCACUGACAUUUUUCAUUCGCCCGUAGAAAAUGGCCCGAGCUCUAUAAAUAUAUAUACUUAAUUUCUUAUGUCGCAUAUAAAAACUAUAUAUAUAUGUAUAUAAGUCUUUGCCUGAGAAACUGAAUUUUUUUUUUUUCUCUUAUAUAAUUCGUACUAAAAGGAAAAACAGUCUAAUUUUUUUUCUUGUUUUUUGAGCGUUGCAUUAUAGCAAUUCCGCGAAUUGUGCGUGUUUUAUAUUUUAACCAAUUUAAAACAUAAAAGAAACUCAAAUAGAGUUUAAUUUCAUGUAAAAAAAAAAAAUUGGUUUACCAUUAAAAAACGGAAUAUAAAAAAAAAAAGUUUUAUUUUCCACUAUCUCAAUCAACGCU